CAUAUAUUAAAUAUAUUAAAGUAUUAUUUAAAUAAUAAAUUUAAUUGUCAUAUAUUGUGAUAAUUAUUACCGUAAGUGAUGUACAUUUGGAUGAAAGUAGUGAUCAAUUAAUAUUUGAGACCAAAUGGCCGGUUGUUUUUGGCAGAGCUCUCACUUUCAACAAUGGCUAUUAACACGACAGGAUCUAAUGAGAGAAAGACAUCAAGACUUACAAAUAUUGUCUGACGAGGAAUAUUUAAAAUUAAUGAUUUUUUUCGCUAAUUUGAUACAAGCGUUGGGAGAACAGCUUAAAGUUAAGCAACAAGUCGUGGCCACAGCUAUUGUCUACUUUAAAAGAUUUUAUGUCAGAAAUUCAUUGAAAAGCAUUGAUCCGUUGUUGAUGUCACCCACUUGUGUUUUCUUGGCCUCAAAAGUUGAAGAGUUCGGUGUUAUAUCUAAUAACAGACUUAUCUCGACGUGUCAAUCAGUUGUUAAGAAUAAGUUCUCUUAUGCCUAUCCGUCUGAGUUUCCGUAUCGGAUUAAUCACGUUCUUGAAUGUGAAUUCUAUCUCUUGGAAAUGAUGGAUUGUUGUCUGGUUUUAUAUCAUCCUUACAGACCUUUAUUACAAUAUCUUCACGAUUGGAAUAAUAAGGAGACAAUACUUCCCACUGCUUGGAAUGUUGUUAAUGAUAUAUACCGUACAGAUAUAUGUUUGUUAUAUGCCCCACAUCAAAUUGCAUUAGCAUGUCUUCACAUGGCAUGUGUUAUCACACAAAGAGAUUACAAGCAAUGGUUUGCUGACUUAAAUACAGACUUAGAUAAAGUUUUGGAAAUUACUCGACAUAUUCUCAACUUAUAUGAAUUAUGGAAGAAUUUUGACGAGAAGAAGGAGAUCCAGGCAUUACUCAACAAAAUGCCAAAACCCAAAUGUCAACAAACGUCGAGGCCCCCUUCACAGGGAGGGGUUCCAUCAGAAGGUCAGUCGAGUCAACAACAAAGCAAUCAAAAUACAUCGACUGCUUCCUCGUCUGGUUUAUCACAAACUACUAACUAAUGACUACAUAUUAAAUCAUUUGUAAUCAUAAGAAACUUAAAUUAUAUA